GUUUUAUUCUCAUUCACUAAACAAUUAAUUGGCAUAUUUACAAAUUGGCCAUGUAUAUCCUCGAAGAAUGCCCUAUUCCCUUUAUUGUAUACAUCUAUUUCAUCGCCAAUAGUAUCAUCGGCGUCACAUUCAAGAAAUAAUAAUAAGUCAUCAUUAAUACAAACAGCUUAUUAUACUACUGCUAAUAAUACUACUACUACUAAUAAUAAUAAUAAUACUGCUACAAGUGAUAACAAUUCAGAUGAGUUUAUUUUACUGAAACAUCAUUGUCUCGGUGUAACACCUGAACAGAUACGUGAUGAAGUCGAAUUAAAUCGAUAUGAUUUCAAUGCAAGACUGUUGGAUAUUUUAAUUGGUACUGGACAUGUUGUCUAUUAUGCAUGCUUUCUACCAAUUGUAUUUGUACAG